AUGGUCAGAGCAGAGAGUGACGUCCACAUGGUCAGAGCAGAGAGUGACGUCCACAUGGUCAGAGCAGAGAGUGACGUCCACAUGGUCAGAGCAGAGAGUGACGUCCACAUGGUCAGAGCAGAGAGUGACGUCCACAUGGUCAGAGCAGAGAGUGACGUCCACAUGGUCAGAGCAGAGAGUGACGUCCACAUGGUCAGAGCAGAGAGUGACGUCCACAUGGUCAGAGCAGAGAGUGACGUCCACAUGGUCAGAGCAGAGAGUGACGUCCACAUGGUCAGAGCAGAGAGUGACGUCCACAUGGUCAGAGCAGAGAGUGACGUCCACAUGGUCAGAGCAGCGAGUGACGUCCACAUGGUCAGAGCAGAGAGUGACGUCCACAUGGUCAGAGCAGAGAGUGACGUCCACAUGGUCAGAGCAGAGAGUGACGUCCACAUGGUCAGGCAGAGUGGUCAUGAGCAGAGAGUGACGUCCACAUGGUCAGAGCAGCGAGUGACGUCCACAUGGUCAGAGCAGAGAGUGACGUCCACAUGGUCAGAGCAGAGAGUGACGCACAUCCACGAGGAGUCCCAUGGUCAGAGCAGAGAGUGA